CGCGCGCCGGCGCGGGCCGGCGGAGCUGGCGCGGCCCCGCGCCAUGAGGGACCAGCUGGAGCGGGGCCGGGAAGAGUGGCGGGAGCUGGAGGAGGAGUUCCGGCAGCUCCAGGAAACACACAAAGUUUACAGGCAGAAACUGGAAGAAGUCACCAGCUUGCAGACAGCCUGCAGCAGCUCCAUACACAGGCAGAAGAAGACACUGAAAGAUCUGAAGCACAGCCUGCAAAGGUGCAAGCCCAGAGCGAGUCCCGAGGAGUUUGCUCUCAUUCAGGAGAUCAGCAGCCAGAUCAAGGAGAGGCAGAAUGCCUUCUUUGACAUGGAAGCCUACCUGCCAAAGAAGAACGGCCUGUACUUGAAUCUAGUGCUGGGAAACGUGAAUGUAACUCUCCUGAGUAACCAAGCAAAGUUUGCCUACAAGGACGAGUACGAGAAGUUCAAACUUUAUCUGACAAUAAUCUUGUUACUUGGGGCUGUCGCCUGCAGGUUUUUUCUGCACUAUAGGGUGACAGAUGAAGUGUUUAACUUCCUGUUAGUGUGGUAUUACUGCACGCUGACGAUACGGGAAAGCAUUCUCAUUAGCAAUGGAUCAAGGAUCAAAGGCUGGUGGGUGUCCCAUCACUACGUUUCCACGUUCCUGUCUGGAGUGAUGUUGACGUGGCCGGAUGGACUCAUGUAUCAGAUGUUUCGCAGUCAGUUUUUAGCAUUUUCAAUAUUUCAGAGCUGUGUUCAGUUCCUACAGUAUUAUUACCAAAGGGGCUGCCUCUAUAGGCUCCGGGCUUUGGGGGAGAGAAACCACUUGGACCUUACAGUAGAAGGAUUUCAGUCCUGGAUGUGGCGGGGGCUGACGUUUCUCCUUCCCUUCUUGUUCUUCGGGCAUUUCUGGCAGCUGUAUAAUGCAAUCACGCUUUUUGGAUUGUCAAGGCACGAGGAGUGCAAAGAAUGGCAGCUCUUAGGGAUUCACAAGCCUUAAUUAAAUCAAGUUAAGAGAAGAACAAACAAAAGAUUUUUCAAGGAUCAAGAUGUCUUUACCCUGCAUGUAAAGCAGAAAUGAUGGCUUGCUCCAAAAGAGAGUUCUUCACCAGCUGCUCGUGUAACCAGCAGAGGAUAAAGUUGCACAAAAUCUGUACAAAGGUACAGUUACAGUUAAACAAAACUUCAUUUCUGUCUCUUCAAAGGUGCCUGAUAAACUGCUUUAAAUAUUACUACUUCUAAAAUAUGUGGGUUUUCAGCUUUUCUGCUUGAAAAUGACAGCAAAUUGUAGCUAUAACGUGCCACAAUUAUUUUGCAGAGGAAUAAAAAAGCCACUAAGUCAUACAGUAGCAGUUGCUGUUCAUUGCAAUUUAAAUAGGGAGUUGUUUGCAGUUAGAAGCAAAAGCCAGAUGGGCAGAGGCACACAGCAUCAGUUAACUGUGACAAAGAGCUUCCAAAACUUGGAGAACAACGUAACAAAAGUGCAAAAUACUAAAAAUAAUUAAAAUUUUAAAAUACAAAUUGUUCUAGGAAUACAAACAUAUAAUAAUAAAAAAAAAAGUCUUCAAAGUUAAACUAUUUAUAAAACCUGAAUCUCUUGGCUCUUGUGCAGUCCAGAUCAUAACACUGAGCACACUUUCCUUUUCCUGUGGCGCUUGGCUUUUUUCAUGGCAUUCAGUGCAAUGGUUGUUGCUUCUUUAAAAACAUUUUCUAUGUUUUCACGGCAUUUUGCUGAGCAUUCCAGAUAAACCUCUGCAUUAAUCUCCUGACAAGCUGCCUCUCCCUGGAAAGAACAAACAAACAAAAAAAGGUAAGAAAAGAUGUAAACCUGGUGGGUGAGAGAAGGAAGAUGAGAUGGGAAGAAAUGGGAAUUAUUUUGCACAUCUUUGUAUCUCAGGGUCAGGAAGAAAGAAGCUUCCUCUGAGUGCAGUGCCAGAGUGAGUGGUAUUAGUAAUAUACUGAAGCACUGUAAAUAAACUUGGGGUUUUUCCACUGUGCUGAUCCAGAGCUUGGGCUAAGAGUUCAGAGCACUGGAGACUCUUAAGAUGCAGAGUCCUGAUAGCACAAAAAUAUUCUCAGUAUUGAAUUUCUUUAAACUAAUUGCUGAGGUAGAUACUUCAGUGAGGAUAAGAUGUCUACAUGGCGAUAUUUUUUUUCAGGCCUGACCUUAACUACUCUGUGAUGUCACCUUGAGUAAUGAAUGUCACAUGCAAGAACAGAGUCUGGACUGAUGCCUUGCCUUGUUUUGCUGGUGAACAUGCAGGAACCAUGACUUUUGCUCUGAGGCAUCACAAGGGCUCAGCCAAAAUCCUCAUGUACACAAAUGGGAGCCUGUGUUUCCCAGCCUCACCCAAAUGCAUGCAACGGGAACAGACUCCAAUCUAAAACGUUUCCAUGCAAUCCUGGCUGUGUGAAAUCACUACAGACAAAACACAGCGAUUUCUUACUUUGCUUGUGAUCCUUUUAUUGUCAGUGCAGAGCCAGCCCCCAGGUUUGAAUGCUUGAGAGCCUUUCACUGUGAAUUCCAGGUCUGCACCUCACGACUCACAGACUGCAUUUAUUCAUUAUAAGCCCUGGGAGUGGAGUCACUUGAGCACUUGGGCUUCUAUAGGGGGAAUUGUCUUCAUAUUUAAGCAGUUUGUCUCCUUCCAGUUGUUUGCAAGCUGCAGUGCUGGCAGAGACUGUUCAGCUCCUCUGUGCCUGGCAUUGGAAGCAUCGUGUUGUGUGACUCAAGAUGCCACCAGCUGUAAAAGACUGAGGUAGUGCAUCUUUCAGGGGAGAAGAACCAAGUGGGAGGGCUCACGGUGGAGACAAAGUCUGUACAUCGUGUGGGCCCUUGAAUUUAACUGCAUGAAGCCUCAGCAGACUCGCCAGAAGUGUCUGCUGUUUGCCCCGAGCCUCACGUGUGAGGGUGAUGGAGGGAGUUACUCGUGCAAAUGAGGGACAAUGUGCAGCUGUUCACAGUGACAGGCUGGGAUCUCAUCUUGUGUGCGAGGCAGACAGAACUAAAAGGCCCAGCAUGGUUUUGUGGUGAUGCAGUAGCAGUUUAUUUUCAUGCUCUUUAGCAAAAGUGGUGAUUCAUCCAAGGUCGGAGUGCACUUGACCUUGUUCCCUGGACGUGUGUCUCAAACAGACCAAGAGCUGCUGCUCUGAGGUGAAAGGAGAAGGAUGGCUUUGUAGUCUUAAAAGCAAAAAAACAACAACAAAAAAAAGAAAAAGUGGAAGACCAGAGCAGAAAGGUCUUGUGUGACAUGGGACAAGCUGUUCCAUCACUUUCUCCUGUACCUAGAAUAACUAUACUGGUGAUGUAACAUUAGUUAUUAGUCUCACUGCUUCAAAAUACUUAAAAACAUUUGAUAACACGCUGGUUUUUUAAUAUUACUUUAGAGACUUCAAAGAAGCCUCUCGUGUUAGAGAAGCCUUGCAGAUGUUCUUGCUAUUUUCCUUGCAAGGAUUUAUUUUUAAAUAAUGUGGUUUGCAAACCACAUUUAUUCCAGAACAGUCAGUAUAUUUAAUCCUGUAAUGUGUAUUCUACCGUCUCCAGUUUUUAUCCCAACCCUGAUCAAAGCACCAGUGAUGGCUGCAAUGCAGGCUAAUAAAAAUUAUAAAGAGAGUCCAGCAAACUUGUUAAGGCUUACAAAUUGGUAAGAGUAAUAACCCAGCCGUGAAAGGAAAUAAGAACGACAUGUAACAGGAAUAAAAUAUGCAGACAGUAGUGUCCUUUCAGACACCCCACAAUAUGCAAAAUGCUGUUAUUUCUCUUCACUUUGGCAAAGCAAAAAUGGUGAUUUGGCCACUUCCAAGAAGGACUUAUAGAACCUCCUGUUGGUGCUGGCUGUCAAUGGUUCCUUUAGCUGGGCACUGUGAUCACCUAAUUUUGGAGUGUCUGGGAUUGUCCUGGUGAGGAGCAGUGCCACUACUGUGUGCUUUACCUCCUGCUAAGGGGCCACCCCUUUAAAUCCCCCUGCAUUCACCUGGCUGUAAGUGAUGGGUUCCUGCUUGGAAGCCCUGAGCUUGCGCAGCUGCUCCUUGUCCUUCCGCAGGUCCGUCUUGCAGCCGAUGAGCACGAGCGGGACCCCCCGGCAGAAGUGAUUCACUUCGGGGUACCACUGGGGGUACAGAAACAAAACUUUUACGUCUGGCUUUUGGGUUUGUUUCCUGAAAUCAAAACAGUAAAGCCAAAGAGCAGAGCCAGCAUUUAACACAAGCUGCAAUUUCAGGGUUUCGGAGUGGUUUAUCUGGUGAGGGCCCAAGAUGCACUAUUUACAUUACAGAAAUGUUUACAAGUCCUACCCAAAGUCAGCUGCUGUAUAAAAACACAGUGGCAUCUGUCACUGGGCCAAAACCCCUAUUUAACAUCUGUUUAAAUUCAGACAAGAUCCUCUAAAGUCAUAUUUAAACCAGAAUUUGGACCAAGUCUUGCUUUGUUUUGCUGGUACUGUGUACAAGAGCUUUGAAGCAUUACAGAAAUCCCAGUAGGGACAGCUGGUUGCUCUCGUCUCUCUCCUGUGUUAAAUAUGCAUGUGAUGGAAGUAGACUUGACUCUAAAAUGCUGGUGUGCAAUGUUGGUUGUGUGACAUCACUACAGAUAAAGCAGUGAUUUCACCACUGCUGUUUGAUCUUUUUAGUGUGUGUCAACCCCAGUUCUGAGCACUUCUGAGCCGUGGAGAGCUGAGCUCCAGGUCUAAGGUCUGUGACCUGCAGCUCAGCACACCAUGAGUGAUCUGUGCAUCCACACACCCAGGGUACAGGACACUAAAAGCAUCAGCAUUUUUAAUCUGACAUCUUGUCAUAUAUCAGGCGUCUGUAAUUCAUUUAGAAGGUUGAAGCAAUUAGGAGAGGCUCUUACCUUGGCUGCUACAUUGUCAUAGCUAGUGGGGUUCAUGACAUCGUAACAAAUUAACACGACAUUUGUGUUCUGGUAAGAAAGAGGUCGCAGCCGAUCGUAGUCCUCCUGCCCUGAGACACAGAAAACAGUUUGGAUAAAAGAAAUCUCUGUCCUGAACGAGCAGUAUGAUGGGAAUAUGCACAGACACAUACCUGAGACCGAGAACAAUGGCACUAUAAUUGCACAGACUGCAACUUUUUCAUACUUUUAAAAUUCCUUCCCUUAAGUACAGGAGCUUCACUGACAAAGCUGAUGGUUUAUGAUAUGAAACACAUCACAGUAAUACUAAACCUUGGCAGGCUUUAAUAAAAAAGGCCUGCUUUAUCCACUGCUAAGGACUUAGAAGCAGUUCUAAACACUGAUUGCCAAGCUGCUGCUCAAAAGCAAAGUCAUCAAGAGGAAUCUGACAGUUAUGGAUUAAAACAUUUGCGGUGUGGCAGUGGCUGCAUUCUCCCAAAUACAUUUGCGCAUGUGACGCUGUGAGGGGAGGAAACACUGUAUUUGCUAGACAGAAAUGCUGAAGUAGAAAAAAAGUGGCAAACCUGCUUUUCCCAGGCUGGUGGGAUGAGAGGAAGCAGAGAUUACACACGGUGCCUUCAGCUGCAGCAGCACGCACAGGGUUGCACAAGCCGUGCUUGUACAAGCCAUGCUGCAGCAUAAGCCAGGCUUAACUGGCCUUUGAAGCAGGACUCCCCAGCAGAUCUUAGGGAAUUCUGCUGCAGUCUGGAAAAGCAGGGGAUUUGCCAUACUUCUGAUUAGGGAUAUUCUAGCACGUGAUGUGACAAGAGGAAGCUGAUUUGCUUCAGACCUGUGCUCUUCCCCUUGCUGUACAUAUGAACGUGCAAUAAUCGCUGUGCCGGGGUCUGGAGGUGCCUUGCCUUGAGAGAUUAAGCUCAGGAAAGCAGUAAUUCCCAGGUAUGGUUGGCAGCUCAGGGGAAAACCCUAAUCUUUUUCAUUUAAUAAGGAAGAAAGUGUGUAAGAAGAUGUAUUUGCCACCUGAAUGCUGCUGCUGGAUUCAGGUGUGUCUCUGUGUUGUACUGAAUUUCCAAAAGGAGAACUGGGAAUUCUGUCCCUUCUCACGAUCACCACAAUCCACACACAGCCGAGAAACUGCCCUACAGGCAAGUUACACAUCUCAAAUCUUCACACUGAUAUUUCAAAUGAAGGGAUGUGGAAAAUUUCGGCGUGCCCCAACUUUACAGCAACGAUUCCUGCCCUGGCACCUGUCUCAGUCCCAAGCCACUCAUCACUACCAGCAUGUUUGUCUCCAGUCUGAAGAACUGCAGAUACCAGAAGGCCAAUGAUUCCACAAUAUUUUCCUCCUUUCCUUAAUUUAAAUGAUCAGUUGAGAUGCAGGUUAUUCCAAGGCAAUCCCUGCUGGAUAAGCUGUUACCCAGUUUGCCUGAUAAGUUUGUGAAACGGGAAUCUUGGGUUUGGACCACUUUGUAUUUGAGCUUCUGCAAGAGCAGUGUGUUCCAUGGAGAGGUGCAGAACAAAGAGGGUUUGAUUCCUCAAGGUUUAAUCCAGAAAUAAUUGACAAAAUUAUGCAUGUUGUAUAAACAGAGCAAAGACCAUACUGCUUAUCCCUUCUUAUUCUCCCAAUCCAUCUACUUGUUUGCAACUGAUUUACCAUUUUACUGCUGAGAUAAUCCUCUAAAUGCAUUAAACACAUCAUGUGCCAAA